GCUCGGCCGGCCCGUCCGGCGUCGUCGGGCUGCUCCCCGCGCUCGCUUCCAGGCCAUAGGCCGAGGCUAGCGCCCUGCCUGAGCGCCUUCUCGCCCCGGCGGCGCGGGUCCGGGAGCGUCGCGUCGCGGCGACCAGAGAGGGACGAGCGAGCGAGCCCACGGGGCGACUGGGGCAGGUGGUGGUGCCGCGAAGAUGGUCGCCAAGCAGCGGAUCCGGAUGGCCAACGAGAAGCACAGCAAGAACAUCACCCAGCGCGGCAAUGUCGCCAAGACCUCGAGAAAUGCUCCCGAAGAGAAGGCGUCUGUAGGACCCUGGUUAUUGGCUCUCUUCAUAUUUGUGGUUUGUGGCUCUGCAAUUUUCCAGAUUAUUCAAAGUAUCAGGAUGGGCAUGUGAAGUGUCUGACCUUAAGAUCUUUCCAUUCUCCUGUGAAUUUUAACUUAAACUCAUUCCUGAUGUUUGAUACCCUAGUUUAAAACAAUUCAGUAAAGCAUCCUGCCUCAGAAUGACUUUUCUUAUCAUCCUUCAUGUGUCAUUCCAAGGUUUCUUCACAAAUCAUUCCAAGUUUUCUAGUCCAUACCACAGUGCCUUGCAAAAGCACCACAUGAAUAAAGCAAUAAAAUUUGAUUGUUAAGCUAUAAUAGUGGACCCUGCUUAUUCAGUCAGUAAAGACUUUUUUUUUUAAUGUGUUCUUAAAACAGUAUACAGUAUAAUUAGAUUAAAUCUGUGUAGACGGGGUCUAGAUUUUGCUUACCCUAAUGUGUAAAUGCAGUUAGCUUAAUUUAAAAUUUGGAAUCAUGGUUUUUUUAUAUCUAGGCACUUUAUUACUAUCUCAUGAAUUGGAAGCACACUCCCAUGUAGCAUCAUGUAACUGUCCUGUAAGGUGCUUAUAAGUGGAGCAACUACAGUUAGCCUAGUUUCUCCAGUUUUAAGCACCUAAAAAAUUUUAAAAGCUUCUAAAUGCCUAAUAUAAAGGGAGAUGCUUAUAGCCACAAUGUCUAUUUUAACAAUAUCUCUAUUACACUACCUUGGAUUUUGCAUGAAUGAAUAUACUAACCUAAAAUGCCAUAAAAAAAUUGGCUGUGCAUUUUGCAACUCAGUCACUUAAGUUUCACUUCACUAAAAGCUACCACGGGUGGAGUAAAGUCAGGGAAAGUUUGUUUAUGUCACAUUGAUUUGACCAGAAUCACUUUAAUAUAUCAAAGGAAUCUACUAUCUUAGACAACAUUUUAGGGGAAAAUACUACUAAAAAUGGAUGCUUCAUCAAGACAUACUGUUGAGUCCAGUGUGCCAUUAGACAUCUUAGCAUGUUGAUAGCACUUUUAAUACCAAAAAGGCACAUCAACUAAAAAUUAUACUUAGUUUGGAAAUGCUUUUUUUGGGUCUAUGGUUAAAAUGCUGUUCGGGUACUAGAUAUAUCAGAUUAAAGCGUCACCUGAAAUUAAAUGGAUUUACUGAUAGUCAUUCUUUUUUGUCUUCCCUUUAUUGUGUGAUUUUAUCGGCUAUGUUGAUCUAACUUUAGUAUUGGUAAGGGUGAAUGAUAAGGCAGGUUUUGGGUUUUCUGGUAUUGUUGAAAGCUGUUAAGUAGUGGCAAUUUAUGUACUUAGCCAUAUCUUGAUGUGAAAAACCUGAGAGCUGUCUGUAUUAAUGAAUUGGGCAGAAAACUGCUUGUUUCCCGUAAUUGCCUCAGGUUACCUCUUUUAAAAUAAGCUGUUUUACAAGGAACAGAAGGGAAAUCUACCUACCUUUUACACAGUGUGAACCUCUCUGUCUCUUUAUACCCCCAAUUAUGGGGGAGAGAGAGGGAGAGGAGUGGUUAAGAACAUUUAGGAACUUUACUCUGGAAUAGGAAAAGUAUCAGCUGACCUUGGGUCAGCAGGUUUUUUCCUGCAUUGUUACCUGCCUUUAUCACCCAGGAAAUCAACCCCUGUACUUGUUUCCCUCUGAAACAAGUGUCUUGAUUAAUUGAUUCUAUUUUAUUUUAACUUUAAAAGUGAAAGUUCUAAAUUCAUAGCAGGUGCCUUAUUUUUUGCUUUGAGUCAGACCAUUCCGUAUCAGACUAUCCCUUUGUUAGCUAUAGAAAAUUGGCUUUAAGAUUUGUUUUUUUUUUUUAAAUGUAUAAUAUCUUUAUUAAUUUGACUGUUAAAUUGCUACAAGUAGCAACUGUUUUACAUAUGUGAAUUUCCAUUCCCUUUGUAUUUCAUGUGUAAUUUACCAGUUGAGUGCAUUUUAUAUUAAGAAUGGAUUAUGCAUGUUUGGGUCAAUAAAAGCUGUGUCUUACCUGAUUUAUCCUUAAAAAUAAAGUUCCCUAAAUAUUUGAUGCCUUCUAAAAGAAAAUGAUUUUACAGUUCUCAUAUGAGUGUUUUUUAUAAUUAAUAGAAAAUAUUUUAAAGACUGCCUAGUAUUGUGUUGUACUUGAGUUAAAAGAAUUUACCCAGAAGAACAGAUUUAAGGUUUAUAGCUGGAAAUAGCAAGAAAAGUAUGUAAAAGGCACAAUGAAUGAGAUAUUUCCACACCUAGGAUUUACCCUCCUCUUGUUAAUAUCCAAGUCUGGUUCAAGGAAAAAGCACAAUUCUUUCAAUCUCCCUUUCCCAAUAUUAUAUGCCAUCUAAUGUUAAGCACAGUAUGAAAUUAAAUACAUUAUUGGAGUUGUCUACAUUAUCCAAUUAUUUUUUGUAAUUUAGCUAUAACAUCUCAAGUUGUCAGUGAUUUCAUUGUAUCUAUUUGGGUUACAUAUAAUGUUGAUCAAAAUAAUUGAGUUGGUUUCCAAAAUCAGUAAAGAUUUUUAUUGUAACUGGAUGCAUUGUAAUGGGUUGACUUGCAUUAAAUAUGUGUUUACCCAACGGCAGGGUCAUGGCUUUUCUGACAUUACGGGAUUUUUGUCGCAGCAGUGACCAUGUAGCUGAAUUGUGUUCUUGGGUUCAAUAGGAAUGUCAUCACAUUUCAUGCUUGAGCAUCUGUAAAUUUUAGAAUAUCACAUUUUCCAUUUAGAAAUUGCUCAAGUUUAAUCUUAAUUUUUAACUUAUUUUAGGUGCAUGUCAUAACUUCAAGAGGUAGGAUUUGAUUUCAGCAGCAAAUUCUAUGACAUGUCCUCAGCAAAUCCUUCCUCUCGAAACUUAGCACCACUGUAGCUACUUGUAUUACUUUAUGUUCAAGUUGAAUUAGGACAAAAAUGUGCUGAUUUGAAAGAGCACUAAUGAGAAUAGAAGGCUAGAACUGAAGCUGAAAGGGAAAGGUCACCUGUCUGGACUUAGAAAAUUAAAAGUUAAGUCAUAUAUAUUACAGAAUCAUGAAGAUGGAAGGCAUGGUAAAAAGUCCAACCCCCUCAUUUUACAAAAAAAUCAGAUUAAUUUAUUCAAUGAAUAUUGAGUAACAUACAUACCAGAUAGAAUAGAGGUGCAAAUACAGAGUCCCAGCACUCAAGUAUCUUUUAGCCCAGUGUGGAGGAACAGUUAAAUGAAAACAUGACCAUAAUUGUAGUAAGUGAUUUAAAGAAAAGUAAAGCCAAAUAAAUGGUGCCUUUGCCCUUACAGAGAUAGUUGAGGUAGAACAGAAAAUCAAAUCAAUUUCCUGAUGACCACUACUUAUGGCAAGACAUCCACACAAAACACUGCUGUUUUCAUGAAUUCGUUGCUUCUGCUUUUAGAAAAGUCAAAUUUGUUUUCCAUGUUGCCACUUCAAAGAAGAAAGGAAAAAAAAAAACGAUCUUUAUGGACAUAAUUUCUUUUGAAAUGAAUUUAAGUGUCAAAAUUUACUAUUGGCAGUAAUGUUACUCUGGUCACUAGUGUUAUCAGCCAACAUUCAAUAGUAUUUGGUAUGAAUUUAUUGAUUUAAAAUUUUUCAUCAGCAAUGCUGAAAAAUAAUUCUUACUAAUAGCCCAGUUGUCAAAAGCAAAAUGUACCAUGUAACCUCCAAAGAUACUUUUUAUAUCAAAAGUUUAGUGGAUAUACCAUAUGUGACUUCUGUAUUGAGUGCAAGUUUCUACUUUGGGAUGCAGAUAAAUUAGAACAACUCUGCAACUUUAAAUAAAGUACCGUUCCAAUAUUAUU